UUUUUUUCUUUUUUUCGAUUUUUUUCUUCCAAUAUAAUGUACGCGGAAUAUUUCCGAAGGCUAUUGUAACGUAUUUCACGUUGCUCUGUUGACGAGUGCUGCGGACACUCGAUCUUUCGUUAAAACAAUUUAAUCAAACUUCUUAAUCGUAUUCUUCACCGUGGCAAUAUAACGCUUCGUAAGUCGAAAUUAGUCGCGCUUUUCCGUUACUUCAAUAUUCCAUUACGAUGUACUUUCCCGAAUUCCAAGAACGCUAGGUAUUUGCGCAUUAAGUAUCGUAUAUGUGUACAGUUGUGCAAAGCAAUCAACAUCCAAAGUGAAUAUUUACGCAAAGGCAACUCGUAAUGGACACGCUGAGGAAAGGAAUUUCUCGAAAGAUCUAUCUAUACAUAUUUGUUAUGAGUCUGUAGAAUCAGCGGGCCAUUCUAUUCGGUGUUUCGACUUAGAAGAAAGUUUAAGUUUUAAUGAAGUGGCACUUGUCAAAAGUAAUGCGACGUUACAGAAUCGUCAAGCAACGAUCAAAUAACCGAAAGGAGUCGUCAUAAAACCGUUCCUUUCGAUAUUCAUUUACAACUGCUACCUUUCGAACAUUAAAGUGGGGGGUCCUAUAUGAAAAAGAAUGCUUUAAUAUCCAUCCUGUUACUCGGUUAAAGUUCGUUUCACCAAGACGAUCACCGUCGAAGGAUCGCGUCCGGAUAUACAGUGAAAUUGAGGAAUUCGUCAGGAAAUCUGUCGCGUAAUAUCGAAUCGUGUCUUUCGGAUAAGUUUGUCAACACGGCAAGGAAAUUCGUAAUUUGCGAAGAAUUUCUUGCACGUAAAUAAAGAUAUUAGUGAAGUGUCGAAACUGGAAACUCGUAAACAGCGACAGUAGCCAGAACACGAUGAUGAGUUGGAGCAGAACGCUAGUCGUCGCUAUCAUUGAAAUUUCAUUUCUGUCGGCAAUCACCAAACACUGCGAAGGAUGCAACGAAGCGAUUUGCGCCAGUGUUGUCAGUAAGUGUAUGCUUACGCAGAGCUGCAAAUGCGAUCUCGUUACAUGUACCUGCUGCAAGGAGUGUUUCUCUUGUCUUAGUUACCUUUACGACGAGUGCUGUUCAUGCGUAGAUCUAUGUCCAAAACCAAACAUAACGGACAAUCCAUUAAGCAAGAAGUCUCACGUGGAGGACUUUAGCGAACCGAUGCCAGGCUUGUUCCAAGCGUUAACUGCAGAACCGGAUCCGCACGAACGUUGGCUCACAUUCACAUUUCCGGUGGAUUUCGACAUGUCUUUAUUUACGCCAAAACACGACAAAGAAAUGAAAUACCAUAUGCAUACCGCUGACGAAGAGAUACAUCCAUUGAAACCAAACGUAAUGACAGUGAAUUGCACCGUUGCAUUUAUGGCUCAAUGUAACUCCUGGAACAAAUGUCAGGCGUCUUGCCAAAGCAUGGGUGCUACAAGUUACAGAUGGUUUCACGAUGGUUGUUGCGAAUGUAUAGGAGACACCUGUAUUAAUUAUGGAAUAAACGAAUCCAGAUGCAUACAUUGUCCUUUGGACAAAGAAGAGGACGACUUAAAAGAUCAGUAUGACGAUUACGGCCAAGACGAAGAUGAUUUGGUGGAAGAUGAGAUCGAUUAAUAUUAUCGGUUCUUUCUUCAGCCUGUUUCUUUCAGUGGACUGUAUGUAUUAAAAUGUAUAAAAAUUAAAAAUGUCAAGGGUGAGUGCAAUCUCAGUGACGAUGAUACUUUCAAGAAUUGAAUUACAAACAGUGACGUCGUUUGUACUUGUUUGUGAUACUCAUCGUUUCGACAUUAUGUGAAAACUAACUUUACGACUGACGACUGUCUCGUCCUUUUAGAACGAUUUUCUACAAAGUAUGCGAUAAGUGAUGGACAUCGUUCCCUUUAAAAGGGAUCCGUUCGUUAGUAAAUAUAAUUUAAAUCAUUAUGUUCUGUAAGGCUGAAAGCUAUCGAUUGUCGAUACAUCUAAUGGUAUCGCGUUUGGAUUUAAUUAAGCAAACGCAAAAAAACAACAAAUUUAAUGAUGUUUCGAACUGAUUGGCUUAUGGUGUGACUUCAACGACAUAGCAUGUAGUCUCAUUCCUCAUUCUUAAGUGUUAAAUAUGCAUGUAAGUAACUCUGUGGUGUCAAAUGUUUUAUUUUUUCUGUGCCAUAUGAAUCAAGUUGUACAUGUAUCGACUCAUUCAUAAUUAAUUGACGCGUAUCCGAUGCGUCAAUUAUUCAAACAAAACCUAUUGUCUGUGUUCCUCUAAUGUUUACUUCUCUAUAUUUUAAAAUGUUUUGACCAAUUUUAUGACGCUAAGAAGUUCUAUGACUAUACGAUAUUAACAAGAUGACAGAGGUUACGCACGUUAAAGGAGCAGAGACGACCAAUUUUGAACAAACGUUAUGACGAUAAGAAGUUCUAUGACUAUACGAUAUUAACAAGACGACAAAGGUUACGCACGUUAGAGGAGCAGAGACGAUCUGUACGAUUGAUGAUAUUAUGCACACGCGAAUAAUUAAAUUGUAGAAAAUGUAAUUUAUACUAUAUGGUUUAAUACUGCAUUUGGUUAUACCAAUGUAUGAUAUUAAGAUAGUAUAAGGGAUCGAAUAGGAAAAAAUGUUCAAGUUUUCAAUUUCCAAUUCAUGUGGUUAUAUGUAAUAUAAAUAACAACAUAUUAGCAUAAUAUUGAUACUAAAAAUUGCAGAUUCCAUUAAAGUUUUACCAUAUUGAACUAAGAGCGGAACUCGGAAAUGAAAUUACAUUGGAAACAUACCGAUGAGCAAUUUUUCCUUGAAAACUAUUGAUAGACUAGACAGGGAAAACGGAGCCAAUAUCAAAUGAUCGACCAUAAAUAAACUAGCGCAGACAAUCAAAAAUCUUACAAUCAACUUUUAUAAACAAUUCUAUUUUGAAUAUAUUUCAUUCUUUGAACGAUUAUGUACCGAUUUAUCGCGCAAUAUAUUGUACAAACACACCCAUUCAACUCUACUUUAUAUUGAACAUCAAAUGCCGCGUUUUACGCGUAUUUUCAACGAUCACAUACAUUAAUUCAUAUACGCAUUAUUAACGCGCGUUACUGCAUUGCGGUUAUAAAUACAACAAAAGUUGCAGCAUUUGAAAGAAAAACACAAAACAUGUUUACAUACCACGUAUUUAUACAGGCGGAUGUUCGUCUUGCGUUUCAUUGCUUUCUGGCAAUUUAAUGAAAGGCAAAUCACUGCCACUCCACAUAGAAUAUAAUUGAGAUCUCGCGCAUUCCUGAAAUGAUUAAUGUUACUAAUGUUACUAGAUACUCGAUAAUCGUUUAUGGAUCGAAGCUAAUAUACAAAAACCACAAGUAAUAAUAAUAGCAACAAUUGUUUUAAACUGUAA